AUGCGUGUCAUCUCGAUUCUUGGUUUUAUGCUCUCCGCCCUCACCGCCACUGCCCUCGCACAGGACGAAGUUGAGAUUAUUAAGGAGAAAGUAAUUGAGUGCGAGAGGAAGACCCAGGUUUGCGGGCCAUCUUGUUCGUUUGCCCUGUCCUUUAUCGCAAGACUGACUAGUGUCUGGGUUGAGCGAAAUACAGAAAGGUGAUACAAUCAAUGUGCACUACCGAGGUACCCUAAAGGACACUGGGGAUCAGUUCGAUGCUUCCUACGACCGUGGCCAGCCAUUCACUUUCACUCUCGGUGAAAACAGAGUCAUCCAGGGAUGGGAGAGGGGCUUGUUGGAUAUGUGUAUUGGGGAGAAGCGGAUGUUGACCAUCCCAUACUCUCUUGCGUAUGGCGCUGGUGGGAUGCCACCUGUUAUUCCGGCAAAGUCAGACUUGGGUACGUGCUCUCUGGUUCCUCCAUAUUCCAGUGCUCUGAUAGGGUGAUGCCAUAGUUUUUGAGACCGAGCUUUUGGGAAUCCAGGGGUUUAAUCCUGAGAAACAGGAAUUGUAGUUGCAUUCAUGUUGUGUUUUAUGUCUCAUGCCUUACGUGCUUUAGGAUACGGAGGGUGAAUACCGGUACUAUGCUUGUUGUGAAUAAAAUAUAGGUCAUGUUUCGUUGGCA